UGGUCUCUGGAAGCCCCGCCCAUUUGAGGGCGUGGCCUCCGCGCAGGGGCCGCCGCCGGGCCCCGCCCACCACCCAGGCCGAGCGAGGUGCGUGCGGCCGGAGCUCCGGGUCUGCGCUCCGCCGCUGGCGCUGCUCGCCUAACCCGUCGCCCGUGCCCGGCGGGCGGCAAGGCUCAGGCCCCGGCAUGCUCCGCAGGCUGGGCUGGCUGGUGCUGUACAGCCUGGCCGUGCUGCUGCUCAGCUGCCUUCUCUUCCUGAGGAAGGAGGCCAAGCCGGCGGGGGCCCCCACGGCCCGCCAGCCCUUCUGGGCGCCCCCGGGGCCCCGCCGCAGCCUGUGUCCACCCAACCACACAGUGACCAACGCCUCCCUGUCCCUGCCUAGCCGUCACCGCCUCUUCUUGACCUAUCGCCACUGCCGCAACUUCUCCAUCUUGUUGGAGCCUUCAGGCUGUGCCAAGGACAUCUUUCUGCUCCUGGCCAUCAAGUCACAGCCUGGCCAUGUGGAGCGGCGUGCGGCCAUCCGCAGCACAUGGGGACGGGCAGGGGACUGGGCGAGGGGCCGGCAGCUGAAACUGGUGUUCCUCCUGGGGGUGGCGGGACCCGCACCCCCUGCCCAGCUGCUGGCCUAUGAGAGUCGGGAGUUUGAUGACAUCCUGCAGUGGGACUUUGCUGAGGACUUCUUCAACCUGACCCUCAAGGAGCUGCACCUGCAGCGCUGGGUGGCGGCUGCCUGUCCCCAAGCACACUUCGUGCUAAAGGGAGAUGAUGACGUUUUUGUCCAUGUCCCCAACGUCUUGGAGUUCCUGGAUGACUGGGACCCAGCCCAGGACCUCCUGGUGGGAGAUGUCAUCCGCCAGGCUCUACCCAACAGGAACACCAAGGUCAAAUACUUCAUCCCACCCUCCAUGUACAGGGCCCGCCACUACCCACCCUAUGCUGGGGGUGGGGGGUAUGUCAUGUCCAGAGCCACCGUGCAGCACCUCCAAGCAGCCGUGGAAGAGGCCGAACUCUUCCCCAUCGACGACGUCUUUGUGGGCAUGUGCCUGCAGAAGCUGGGGGUGAGCCCUGUGCACCACGCUGGCUUCAAGACAUUCGGCAUACGGCGGCCCCUGGACCCCCUGGACCCCUGCCUGUACAGAGGGCUGCUCCUGGUGCACCGCCUCAGCCCCCUGGAGAUGUGGACCAUGUGGGCACUGGUGACAGAUGAGGGGCUCAGGUGCACGGCUGCCCCCUCGUCCCAGCUCCGAGGGGUGGGUUGAGGAAGUGGGCUGAGUGGGGAUUUUCCUAUCAUGAGAAAUCAACAAACUUGAAACUUGACCUGUGACUGUCUACAGGAAAUGCUUAGUUUGUGUGACCUCCCUUCUAACUUUGAUUAAAAACACUGCAACCUG